CGCAGAGCAGGCGACGCCUCGGAGGUUUCCUGAGGCGGCGGAGUGAGCUUUGUGGGAUUCUUGGCAAGAUCUGCACACUUGUGGAUUCGCUGAACUUUGGCCUUGGCAGCCCACUUCUGCUGGGACUUCCUCCUUUCGAGCUCCCUGCUCUUCAGAUUGAAUUGGGUCUUCAUUCCUUGAACUCAAUAGCUUCAUAGAAUUCUGUGGUAUCUGCUGCUUUGUUAAAUGAGAUCUUCCUGAAUAUUUGUUUAAUCCUAAAGGAAACUUAAUUCCAGGACAAGGAGACCCGAUCCCUUGUGAGCUGUUUCUGGUUCUGCAACUGGGACCAGCUGUUCUUUGAACGUUUCCCUUCUGGUCCUCCUCAUGGAUUCCUCCAUUGAUUGACGGAAACAGAAAUUAAAGCAGGACAUUUAGAUCACUCAACACAGAAGGGAACCAGGUCAACAAAAGGACCGAUAUGGAUCAUCUGCAGAAAACAGAGGGCUGCUCUUCCCAUUGGGAUAAUCAGUUUCCAAGUGAAAAUAAUAGCCCGAGCCAGUCAGCUUCAGGAAGGAUUGUGGAUCCUAAUACUAGCAUUCAGAGCUGUUUCCUUGACUCCUCUGAGAUGAAUCUCUUGGCAAGGUUUAGCUUAUCCAGUGAAGACCUGGAGGAACUGAGUCACCUUCCCGACAGUCAGCUGACCCCUGAAAACAUGCCUUCGCUGUUAAAGGCUCUCCGAAAGCGCAAAAUGGCUCUUGAGGCACCCACUCCACCUUCUAAGAGUGCAGAAAGAGAAAGGCUUUGCAGUGCAGGUGACCGUGGUCCCACUGUAAAGAAACAGGUGAUUGAUUAUGGCCAUAAAAGCAAGUAUGAAUAUAACACAGAACCCCUUGAAAGGAAUGUCAGCAAUUCAUGCGUAGCAAUGGACGAGAGCGUGGAAAAAUUUCCGCAGGCAUCCAGGUCAGAUCCUCCUAAUCGUCCUCAUUGGACCACAGAUGGCCAGAAUUAUGUUCGAAAGGAGUACAAGGACCAUUUUGAGUCCCCGUUCGGUGUGGUGAAAGCCUCUUGGCUUCCAGUUUUUUCACACACUGAAUUGCAGAAGACGAAGAAACUUCCCACUCCAUCACAGAUGAAUGAUUAUCAUGCCAUGACUCCUAGAAUAUUUCCUCACCUUUGUUCUCUGUGUCAUGAAGACUGUAAAGAUAAAAAGGACUGGAUUCAGCAUCAGAAGACCGGUCUCCAUACUGAGAAUUGUCACAGGCUCCGCUUGCAGCGCCCGGACUGGCAUCCUGAAGUCAGCUCUUCGUCCAAAAGAGGCAAAGGGGACGGAGAGGAGAGGGGCACAUCAAGGCGCCGUUCUGCCAGUCCAAGCCCAGAAGAUUCAAGAUACUUAAGCUCGGACCAGGCCAGGCAUCGGACUCGAUCGCCAUCAAGGAGCUCUGGGUAUUACAAGACGAGCUGGCCAAGAAGUCGAAGUCCCAGGCGCCUUCCAAGCCCCAGGCCCAGGGCAAGGUCUCCGCAGGAUACCCUGAAUUCAAGUAGACAGUCUUGGAGUUCCUCCAGCAAGGAGAGAAGAUCAGGAAACACAAGUAGAUCUCCAGAGAGACAACGUACCAGGACUCCUUGUUCAGAAAAAAGGCUUGAUGAACGGAAGCAGACCCACAGUAGUUCUGAUUGCCGGGAAAAGAGACGUGAAGAUUUGGAGCAGACGAGAGAAGGCGGUUCGUGUCAGAAGCCGUCUGCGGAUGAGACAGGAAGCCAAGAGCCGAAACGAGAGAUACUGGCGCCCAAAGGGCAGACGUGUGAUGAGUCUGAGCACUCGGCACUGGCUUCUCUUACAGAAAAAAGUGUGCCUCAAGUUAUGGCAUUGUUUCAGGGUGGAGAAGCAGCAGGUGGGAGACUUCACCGAGGAAGGGGCUCUGCGUGGCUUGCCGCUGAGGCAGUGGACAUGUCAGCUGUGCCUUCGGAUCUUGUCUCCAUGAUCCAGUUGGUUGCAACGCAGAUAACUGAAGCUGUCUUGGAUUCGAAAGAAGUGUCAUCCAGGCAAGCAAGCACAAGCGAAGGUGGUCAAAACCCCAAGCAAGUUCAUUCUGCGACCAGGAAGGCAGAGAAGCCAAGUGGGGUAAGUCCCAACCUCCAGCAGAGGACCUCCACGAGUGGCUUCGUGUCUCAUCCACAGACGGCUUCCUGCGUGGACCACCUUCCCGCUAUCUUGGAUUCGAAAGAAGUGUCUUCUAGGCAGGCAGUCACGAGCAAAGGUGGUCAAAACCCUGAGCGAGUUCAUUCUGCGACUUCAAAGUCAGAAAAGCCAAGUGGGGUAAGUCCCAACCUCCAGCAGAGGACCUCCACGAGUGGCUUCGUGUCCCAUCCACAGACGGCUUCCUGCGUGGACCACCUGGAUUCGAAAGAAGUGUCUUCCAGGCAAGCAAGCACGAGCGAAGGUGGUCAAAACCCUGAGCGAGUUCACUCUGCGACCAGGAAGGCAGAGAACCCAAGAACUCCUGGACAGGCCUCUAAGCUUCGAGUCUGGAUUUGUGGGGAAUCUCUGAUAGUUUCUGCCCAAAAGCGGGCAGCCGCCACGAGAAUUGGCUCACAGCUGAGCUUGGAGGAGAGCAUCAUUCUGGAGUGGCAUGGGCAGGAAAACUUGAUGUGGGAUGAGUUCCUGCCGUUUUUAAGGAAUCAGACUCAGGUCCCAGAUGUGUUGAUCAUCCACCUGGGGGAGAAUGAUAAAGCAUAUACUUGGCGUGGCUUACUUGGCACACUGAAAAGGCACUUCUUUCAAUUUAAAAAAGAAUUCCCCAAAGUCAAAGUGGUUUGGUCAGAGAUGAUUCCAUGGGGGAGGUGGCAUGGGGGGAAAAGAGAGAAGCAGCGGAAGAAAGUGAAUGGUAUUGCUGGACAGUCUGUCAGAAGCCAUGGGGGUGCCUUGAUUAAACACCCUAACAUUUCCCCUGAGUUGUGUAUUGAUGAAUUGAACCUGUCUGAUGCUGCCCUUGACAUAUUUUUGGAGGAUAUAAAGAAUGGGAUCCUUGCAUACAUGCUCCAGCCCCGUGGAGCAACAGGUGGCGAACUAAACCAAGGCACGAGCUUACCCCCACCUGCCUCUCCAGCUGCUGCUGCUGCUGCUGCUGGCGGCCUUCUCUCCGUGAGUCAUGAAAUUGCAACACAGGAGGAUGAAAUGGUCUCGUCUUCCCAGGAAGCGCUGAGUAUGCAGCCAAAUGCAGAAGAGGGCGCUGUGAGUCCCCAGCCCGCGAGUAGCGAGGCUGAAAACUCAGGGGUGGCCGGUUCAAGCUCCCAGCCAGGAAGCAGCAAGUCAGAGAACCAGGAGGUGGAGCAGGAGCUGGUUGUUGGAAGCCUGCCUACUUGCUCGGGAACUCCUGGACGGGUCGCUAAGCCUCGAGUCUGGAUUUGUGGGGACUCUUUGGUGACCUCAGCCCAGAAGUGGGCGUUGCAAAAAAGACUCUUUUCACCACUAGAUCCGCUGGAGCAAAGCGUCGUUCUGGAGUGGCACGGCCAAGAAGACAUGACCUGGACUCGGCUUGUGCCCACAUUGCAGAAUCUGGCCGCGCAGAGUCAGGCCCCAGAUGUGCUGAUCGUUCAUCUGGGUGAGAAGGACUUACUGAGGACUCCGUGGCCCGAAUUAAGUGGAAUAAUAAAAAAAGAAGUGCUUUUCCUCAGAGAAGCCUUCCCCAUAGUCAGACUGCUGUGGUCCGAGAUGCUGCCACAGAGAAUCUGGCCGAAAACAGAAAGAGCUUUAGAAGUCGAAAGGGUGCAUCGGGAAGUGAAUUCUGUUGUGGGGAGAUUCAUUUCCAGCGUUGGGGGUGCGGUGAUUAGGCACGUUGAAAUGCCCAACAGAUUCCCUGUGUUGAACAUACGUGGAGACAAUCUGUCUCAUGUCGGCCUUGACACAUUUUUGGAGGAUCUAAAGACUGGGAUUCUUUCUCAUGUGCUCGGUUCUAACGAAGCAGCAGGCAGCGGCCUCAGCAAAAGCAAGGGUUUACCUCCACUUGCCCAUUCAGUCGCUUGUGCUGGUGGCCUGGUGCUGUGAAUCAGGAGGUUGCAAUAUGAGAGGAUCAAGCGGUCUCAUCUGAGGAAGCCUCAAGGGUGCAGACCACACCAGGUUCUUUUGUGAGCAGCAGGACAGAGAGGGAAACAGCGGGGCAGCAACUCCUCUAUUUCAAAGAAGAGUUGUAUACCCCACCCUUCACUACCCGAAGGAGUCUCUGAGCAGCUUGCAGUCACCUUCCCUUCUUCCUCCCACAACAGACACCCCAUGAGCAACGUUCCCUCAAAGCUGUGCAGUGUUAUCAGCCAAAAAUCGACUUUGAGAGCCGAAACAACAACUCGCAUUAAAGUCUUGAGCACACCUCCUUUUAAUUUUUUUUUAUUUCAGUCCACAAACAUACAAAACAUACAAAUGUAAACUACAAACUAAUUUGUAUUGUUUCUCACUUAGAAACAAUGCAAGCAGUCAUUCAUACAUGGUUUCUAAAUAUCAAACUAAAUUACUCUGCAGGUAAAGCUAUUAAUACUUCUCCUUUCCAACUGUUCGAUAUAGAAAUAUAAAUAUAUCUGAGAACAUGUGCCAGGGUCUGCAUCCCAUCCUGGGCAAUAUUAGCCCUCCCUAUUCCAACAAGAUGGCAGCAGGUAGGCACAGAGAUUUACAUAUAAUCCUGUACAAAGUAACUCUGGUCUAAGCUCAUUGAUUUCUAGCCCCUGUAGAAUCCAAAAACAAAAACCAUGUAAUACAUUUUGAUUACAAUAAAAACAUUAACAAUAAAAACCAGUUGUCCAAGACCGUCUAGUCCCAUUAAGUGAAAGGGCCACAAAAAUCAGACUAUACAUCUGUAUAAAAAUGGAUAUGUUUAUGCUGAUUGCAAAGGGGUAGCUGUGUUAGUCCAUUGCUGCAAAAUAAAUUUGAUUGAUGGA